UUGGCUUUGCUCAUACCAUACGUGGCUUGUGGGAAAGCAAGCAAGAGGCUAGCUAGGGGGGGCAGCUAGCUAGCUAUCCAAGAAGGAAUUGCUGAAAUGGAGGUGGCCAUGGCCAUGGGUUUCUUAGCUUUCCAACGGCGGACUCUCGUCCUCCUGCUCUGUGUCCUCGCCGCCGCCGUCCCCUUCGCCGGCGCGUCAGUGGCAUCCGCUGCUCGCCCGGCCGACGACCGCGCUGGGCGCCGGCGCCGGCGCCUCGUCCAAAACGGGCUCGGGCGGACGCCGCAGAUGGGGUGGAGCAGCUGGAAUCAUUUCGGGUGCAACAUCAACGAGAUGACCAUCCGGACCACUGUUGAUGCACUUAGCUCCACCGGGCUUGCAAAGGCAGGAUACAACUAUGUCAACAUAGAUGAUUGCUGGGCAAAUAACCAAAGGACCAAAGAGGGUUACAUGGCUGCUGAUCCGAACAAGUUCCCGUCGGGGAUCAAGGCCAUUGCUGAUUAUGUGCACAGCAAGGGGCUUAAGCUAGGCCUGUACUCUUCAGCUGGGACAAGAACUUGCAGCAACACGAUGCCUGGGUCUCUGGGAUACGAGGACAUCGAUGCCAAGACAUUUGCAUCAUGGGGUGCAGAUUACUUGAAGUACGACAAUUGCUUCAGGGACGGCUCGACAGAAACCGUCAGGUUCCCCAGGAUGGCUUCCUCUCUGAGGAAGACCGGCCGUCCGAUCUUCUACUCGAUCUGCGAAUGGGGCAUGAUGAAGGUGGCGACAUGGGGCAGCCGGUACGGGAACAGCUGGAGAACCGCCGGCGACAUCAAGGACACAUGGGACAGCAUGCUGAGCAACAUCGACUCCAACGACGAGUACGCCGGCUACGCCAGGCCCGGCGGCUGGAACGAUCCUGACAUGCUCGAGGUCGGAAAUGGAGGGAUGUCGAACGGCGAGUACGUCGUGCACGUCAGCCUAUGGGCGAUUGCCAAGGCUCCUCUGAUAAUUGGUUGUGACAUAAGGAUCAUCUCCAAGGAGACGCUGGAGAUCCUUUCCAACCCUGAAGUCAUCGCAAUUAACCAAGAUCGAUUGGGCGUCCAGGGAAAGAAAGUAAGGAAGUACGACGGCGAAAUUGAGGUAUGGGCAGGGCCACUCUCCCAGCAGAGGACGGCGGUGCUGCUGCUCAACCGUGGCGCCACGGGCAGCCGCCCGAUCACGGCGGCGUGGGGCGACAUCGGUGUCGGGCCCAGUGUCGCCGUCGAGGCCAGGGACGUUUGGAAGCAUGAGACCGCCCCGGGCAGGUUCACCGGCGGCCUGACGGCGGACGUGGCGCCGCACUCGUGCAAGCUCUUCGUCCUCACACCCGUCGUCCGGCAACGGUAGGGACCAAGCUAGAGAUUGUACGAAUUAAUCUGAUCGGUUGCAGUGUGUGUCUGUAACGGUGAUGCGUGUCUGUAUCGGUUGAAAACUUCGACUGCAACUUUAGCCGUCGUCAGCAUGCAGCCGUUCAAGAAGAAACGAAUAAAUGAGCUAGAUUAAGAGUUUAAGACAAAAAAAAAAUUCUCCUUUUGCUUUACAUGAUACAUCCACUUCCAGACUUGUUACUCCACAUUCUUGACAACAACAAUACCAACAGAAUGUGUGCGAUU